AUGUCUUCGAGAGCACAAAGGGACAAAGGACAGAAGCAGAAUACAGCCCAGACAAUUUUAUCGGAGUUACUGAAGGAAGAAGAGAAUAAAUAUUGUUCUGAUUGUAAAGCAAAAGGUAUGGAACCUUUCAUCGAUCGAUCGUAUUUUAAAAAUCAGAUGUCUUCCGUUGGAGCGAGAGUUCGCUUGUCAAGCUGUAAAAUUCUCACUUCCUGGUCGACAAAUAAUCGUAUUUUUCUACUGCAGGACCUCGUUGGGCGUCUUGGAACCUGGGAGUGUUUCUUUGCAUUCGAUGCGCGGGUAUACAUCGAAACUUAGGUGUUCAUAUUUCUCGAGUCAAGUCAGUAAACCUUGAUUCAUGGACGACGGAACAGCUAGAAGUGAGUGAAACGUCAUUCUACUGUUCUUACGAAAAGCUGUUAUUUAGGUUUAAUUUUAAAACUGAGACACUUUUUCUAUUUUUUCAUGUCAUGUUUAGAGUAUCCAAGAGUGGGGAAACAAGCGAGCAGCAGAGUUUUGGGAAUGUAAUCUGCCAAGUGAUUUUCGACGUCCACAGACCGACUCGUACCAUUCGUCAAACAACACCGGUUAAUUUAAAUUUCUCGGGGAAAUUUUACCAUCUGUUGCAUAAUGGCUCAUGAUUUAUUGGGUAGUGUUAAAUCUAUAGAUUUUCAUAUCGCGUAUUGUUUGAUACUUUUGACACUGUACUGAGGAAGGAGCUUCCUUCUCUUUUCACAUGUACCAACAGGGAGCUUGUUGUCGCCCAUGAUAAACUGUGCCUUGUAUGUUAACCGAUUUAAUGCAUUUGUCAAAGGUUAAAAUCAAUGAUUUUUGUUUGUUCAUGUUUUACAAACGCUUAAUUUUUACACUGUAGUCGGUUCUUUCAGGUCUUUACGACAAACAGGCGUUUAAUUCGUUACGUGACAGUGCGUGGUGGCAAACACACAUUCCAUUUUGUUGGCGUGCGAUUGUGAUAAAUUGUUUUCCCCGGUGGUUAAAUAUCGCGAGAGAAAAGGGCCGCCAACUUAAGUGAAAUGCAUAGGUAAAUAACAAGAAAUUUGGAAAAAACUCUGUUAAUUCCGAUCAAAUCUGUUUUCAUGGAUUUUGAACAUAUUAAUUUGUGUUAAGUAAAUUGACGAGUCUGGCAGAGACCGGUGUAAAGUUUGACGACAUUUUAUGAAACUGAGUAUGGUUACUACAGGAAACGUCGAAAAUUUUUUUGAUUAAACAGCUAAAUAAGUGCUACCUUUUGAACGUUUUUCAUAUCAUAAAAGAUAUGAUGGAUUAUCGUAAUAACAAAUCAAACAUAUUUCUGUUUAAUGGCCAAUCAAGGAUUGUAGGAAAUGUAUCAGAAUAUUAAUUAUGAAUUAUACUGUACAUGUAGUCAUUUUUUUCAUAGAUCUCUUGGUUAAUCGAUUUAAUCCAUAUUUAUGCUCAGUUACUAUCCAUGUGCUCUGUAUAGGCCAUUUCUAAAAAUGGUAGCAGCAUAAUAGAUUUGAAUUUAAAAUAAAAACUUAGCGUAUAUGUUGUAGUUAAUUUUUUUAUCUCAGACUCAGUUAAUUUUGGUUUUCUUUUGUUUUUGGGUAUGGUGAUGUAUGCUAAUAAAGUUGAAACAAAAGAAAAAGAAAAAUUACCUGAGAUAAACAAUUAACUACAACAUGUACAGUGAAUGAACGUGCAUGUACAUCCAUACUGAAAGUCUGCACUUUUUGCACUUGAUUUUUCUCAAAGUUUUAAUUUACUGAUUCAAUUAUUCCACUUGUGUACAGAAAGCAAACUUGAUACCAGUAACAUUAAUAACAAAUGAUGUAAUUCAAGCGUGAUUGAAAGGAGUGUUUUGUCAAUAGAUUGAAGUGACUGGAUUUUUUUCCUGUUGUUUUGUCUUCUUGUCUUGUUGUCUUUUAACUUUACAGAGCCACGGAACAUUUUAUCAGAAACAAAUAUGAACGUAAAAAGUAUUUAAAGAAUGAUGGCCUUCCACCUAGUAAUCCAGGAAAGAACUCUGUACCCAAGGAGGUGAAACCUGCAGAUAAGGUAUUAAACUCAGAUUUUCACUUUCAAUAUGACAGUAGAUACAUUGUUUGGUUGUUUGUUUGUUAAUAGUGAACUUAUGCAGUGGGAUGGCAGAGAGGAAAGAAGACGGCAAACCUUGAGUGGCAAGCUGACGUUAUUGCAUUUAAAAAAAUUUUCAACCAAAAUUCAUCUUCCUUCAAACAGAUCUUUUUUGUGAAAGACCAGAACACAGCAAUGUUCAGAGAAGAUCGCUACAAAACAGGCAAACAACAAAGCCAUCACAUUUUUCACUCACAGACAUUUUGCCACCCUGCUUUUUCUGCUGUCCUGUUUUGUACACUCACUAUUAACAGAGGAAAUGGACUAAAAAGCUGCUCCAGCGCAUUUACAGGUUUUUGACUCAGAAAAUUUUGUUUAUGAAUUAUUAAUUCAAACCUAACAUAAGUUAGGCAGCAAACCAGUUGGCUAUUAAACCAUGACCAGGGUGUUGAACUCAAGACUCUAUUCUAGAGCAAAUCCAGCUGUUGGUUAUCUGCAAAUAAUACUCUUAUGGACCUCCAGGUUCCAAGUCAGAUGGGCUAUGACAGUUCUAUUAAUUUGCCUUGCUUAUAGUAUUGUCUGAAUAUUUCAUUAUCUCUUUUUGUCAAAGCAAACAUCAAGUGUAAACAAAAAACGCCAUUGGCCUCCUCUAUAAUCAGGAACUAACAUGUUUCACUCCAAAAUUGACAUUUGUGUGAUGAAAAGCUGUGAUUCUAUACUAUUUGCAAACAUUUACUUCCCCCUCCUGUUUUCCCUGCUUAAAAAUUGAUGGUAUUCCCUCUGUCUGCACCAACCCCCUCCACCCUCUAGAUAACAGAAGGCAAAGACAAUGGUGAUGGCAAUGAGAACCUCAAAAAACAAAAAGGUCUAUGAAGCUAAAUACAGCAACUUUGUAUGUGCAUCAUGCAUUUUUGUACAUUUCUUUGCUGUCACUGCACUACUACACUGUGUAAAUGGCUAAUUUCACAUUUUAUUGUGGAUGUAAACAAGCAACAACAAAUUUUUCGUCAUGAGUGCGGUCCCCAAGACGUUACUCUGGGAAAUUAGCAGCCCUACAUUUGACAUUUUACAGCAAACUGAAAUAAACUCAAAAAAGUUUGAAAAAAAUAUGAAUUCAUUUUGAAGAGAUGUCUUCUCUGCUGUUGUGUCGAUGUUAAAGCUCCCCAAUGACCAGCUCAGCUUGAAUGUGGUGGUCUAAGACUUCUUGAUAUGGUACAAUUUGACAAAUAUGAAGUAUUUUUCACUUUUAAAUAGACAAAGAAAAAGAAGGAGAGGAGAGAAGAGGAGAUCAGCAUUACACCCCUCAGAAAUGGUACAGAUAAGAAGGUGUGUUGAUGGAGCACUGUAUUCUGCUAAGCACCUAUACCUGUGCUAAAGUCUCUCUUAAAAAACUUUAAGCAGACACCCGGAGUUGGCCCCUGUUGUUUCUUAGCAGAGUGAGAACAAAAUUUUUCAAAAUCACUGGCCCUAAAAAAGGGCAAGUUGUUGCUAAAGAGCCUAGUGCACAAAUCAUAAUAUGAAAGCAUACUACCACACAGGUGGCUCCACUAACCCCAGGCCAUUAAAGAGCACUUUUGUUGCGCCCUUUUCAGCCUUUUUAGGUUGGACACUUUGUUCCAGUCCCAGCAGUGUCUGUCUUAGAGAGAGUUUACUCUAGCCUUAUUGAAAUUGGCUUGGAAAAGCCUUGUUUUAAUACGGAGUGGAUGACUACAUGGAAUAAGCUACCUUGUAUGCAUAGAAAUUUAGGAAGGUUGUACAAAAAUUAAAUUUAGAACUUUUUUAUUAGCUCUUUACGUAAUAUAUACACCCGCAACAUCAUUUUGUAUCAACUGACGACUUUUUUACUCUUCAUAGCAGCAGUUUGAGAAUUAAUUCUGAACAUUUAAUACAUUGUAGUGUUUACUUAUUAGAUAUUAUAUUCUUAAUGUAGUUGUUGUCUUUACAACUUUUAAUCUUUUAUUGCACAGGCACGUUCAAAUGAGUUUUAUUAAACAAGUUCAUCCUUCAAUGAAAAUUUUAGACUGAUUGUAAACACACAGUCACCAGUUCACAGUGUAACAGUUUUCAAUUCACUUCAAAAACAGUUUGGACCAGUGAGGUGGUAUGGUCAUGAAAUUUGUCUUCUUUAUCUACAGGCUCCCCCUUCAGUUAAUUCAACUCCCCAGACAAUUGCCCAACCCCGUCCCAGUUCACAUCCUCCAGCAGUUAAGGCACCUGAACAAGCCAAGCCAGCUGCACUAGUUGAUUUGCUGUCCCUUGACACUCCAACAACAGCAUCUGCAUCAUCUGGUGACUUACUGAAUUCUUUUGCACAACCUCCUCCGGCUUCUCAGCCUGCUAAAACUGGUUUAGAGAAUGAGGUGAGAUUUACAUACCUGUUUUGAAGAGCUUGAAAUGUAAUGUAAAUAUGUAGUUAUCAUUAUAACUUGAAAGAGUGCUACCCUCCAGUAAGAGCAGUCCUUGCAGCAGAGCCUCUCUUUCAUUUGCUCAGUUUCGGUGUACUCAAGAAAGACUCUGCAUGAAUUGAGUAAGAUCUUUGUUGAGCAUGCAUGGUAUGUUGCUAGGAUAUGGUUUCGAACCCAGGCCUUAUACCUAUGCGCUCACUUCAGCGGGCUCGGUUAUGAUCGUUAGUUUAUCAAUGGACAGCUUGCUCGCACAUGAAAAAACCUGUUUGAUGACAAAAAACAAUAGUGAUUAGUCCAGAAGUUUGGGCUUCAGCAAUCUCAAAGGCUUGCGGACACAAUUCAGGUAGAACUUACUUUUCUCCUCCUCACUCAAGAAGACAAAAGAAGGCUGCUCACAGGGUGGAAUAAGAGUUGCUUUCAGAAAAAAAAUAUUAAUAAGUGCUGCACCCUCCCAGCAAAAAUACAGGACAUGUGAUUUUUUAAAAUGGCAAUUUGCCAAAAAAAAACUGCCGGCUCUUUCUCAACUCUCAAGCUAGCAGGAUGCAGUUCUAAAACCACUGUGCAAAAAAAAAAACUGGGUAUCAACAGGAUACCAGCAUCACUAUCAUCACCACCAUCUUCACAUCAAACCCAUGAUCACUGUCAUUUCAAACACCAGUUUUCUACUAAACCUGCACAUUUUCUAUCGGCAACAUUAUUGCUGUCAUCAAUGCCACAACCAUUUAUAACAGGAUUAAUUUUAUGAGCUAUUUUAGCAUUUCAGCAGUUAACGGGCUUCAGUUUUUCAAACUCUGCUUGGGGAAGUUCUUCCCCCUAGACCCAUCCAGAGGGUGUGGCAUUUCCUGGGAUCGCUGUCUUGUUUAUGUCUACUUUGUAGGGUCCUGCUGCGUUAUGCACAGUCCUACUGCUGCAGUGAAAACUGAUGAUGAUAAUGUUCUGGUUAAUACCAUUGCUUGACAGCGAUAAAUGAGAGGAUUGUUCUUGGUAGCAAUAAGUUGUUACUAUUACCUCUAGGUUUAAACAGCUUUGAAGUCUGUGUUAUCUCAUUUCAUUUAAUAUAAAAUUAUCAUUUUUUUCUUACUUUUUUUCUCUUCUAACCUCCUGUUAACUUUGUAUUUAUCUGAUUAUGUGUAAAUAAUAUAAUUAAUUAAUAUUAAAAUAUCUGUGCCUGACCCACCUCAAUUAAUGUUCCUGCUACUUAGUGGGUCAGCACUAUCUCUUAUAUUUUUGUAAAGUAAAUAAAGAUUGUUUGUUUUGUAUUGUAUUGUUGUUGGUGACUGGUAACAGUUAGGUGAUAAUAACAGCUUAAAGGGGUGUCUCUUCUAAAUGAAUUUGGCACUCUUUUUCUUUCUUUUUUAUUUGCUGCUUUUUAAAUAUGCUUAUCGUUUUUUAUUCACAAUGCUUCAUUUAUGUUUAUCCGUUUUUAUUUUUCUAUAUAUUUUAUUUUAGCUUAUUGAUUUUGGUGCAUUCCAACAGAACACUGUCAUUGACACUGGCUUUAGUCAGCCACAACAGGUACAUGUAAUACAUCGGUGCUUGGUUUGCCAGCUUAUUACAUUGUCCUUCAUUUUUAACAUUCUCCACAAUACCCUUUCAUUUUUAUUUUUGUUAUUGAUUUCUGGUGGUGUAUUUUGGCAAAGAAAAAUGCCAAGAUGUAUAAUCCAUGCAGGCUUUGCUUGCUAUGUCAAUUAUCUCAAAUAGGGGAUUGUCAAAAUGGGAUGCAGUAGACAGGACAUUGAAGGAAGCAAAAGGCUUCAAGCUAAUGGCAAUAUGGCUUGUGUCGCAACUUUGCUGUGCUUGUUGCAAUAUUAUUCACUUGGUCUUCUGCAGAGCAACCAUUUACCCACUAACAAUAAUAAAUUUUUCUUUCGAACAGCUCAACUCCACUGCACCUCAAGAGUCAAAUGAGGAGUCACUUCUGAAAGAUGAUUCAACAACCAACAAGUCGACUAAAGGUAGAGAAAUUAAUUGCUUAUUGUAGUUACUUUUUCAAAAUGUAUUUUAUUAAUGAUUCUUUCCUGGCAAGCUGUCCCAACCCCAGAUACCACUAGAAUAAAGUUGAAUGAAAGAGAUAAUUAUAAUUAUUAAAAUGUGGAAAGGUCUGUGAAAUCUUUAAGGUACAAAUUAAUUUUCUCUAUUUAGUUGAUGAAAUGAACAAUUUUUUGACUUGCCAAAUAUUUUGUUUGGAAUCACUUUGUGCAUAAAAUAAUUUUACAUCAUGUAACUAGGCUCUUAACCCAAGUGUUUUCAAUAUUUUAUAAGGGUGUGUCAAAAUGUCCGAUCACUGUGAUAUUACUCAAUUAUUUACUUGUGCAAAUACAUUGUGACUUUGCUUUUGUUUGUCCUUCCUACAGACAGCAUCAUGGCAUUGUAUGCUCCAAAAAGUCAAAAUAAUCAACCACAGAUGUAUAAUGUUCCUGGAGGGGUGUACAUAACUCCACAGCAACAUCAACAGCAGCCUCGCCCGGCUGCACCCGCCAUGUUCAACAGAAUGGGCUCAAUGCCUGUCCAUGGAGUUUCUAUGGGUAUGGGUCCCCAACUGGGGAAUCCCCAUCAGCAGAUGCAACAGCGACAACAACAACAGCAACAACAGGUAAAGCUGUUUGUAAAAUCUCCUUUCUAUGAGUGACGGUUCUUGUUUACAAGUGAUAGAAAUUUGCAAGGAAGUUGUAUCUUUUCAUUCUGUUUUUACAAAGUACUACAAUAUGCCCAUCAAAAUCAAAGCUAUUUUAUGCAGUUGAAUGCCCUGUCUACAAUGGCCACCUUGGGGAUACAGUAGAAUCCCAAUUUCUUGAACACUCAAAUUUAGGAAAUUCCUGAUCAAUAAUUCGAACCAAACCUAACUAGCACCCUUCUUACUCUAGAAAAACAUAGAGAAUGUAUUAGAUAGCUUCAAAAAUUGUACAUGAAUAGAACGGUCAUCUAGAAAUUUUUAGCUGUCCUUCUCCAAACAGAUAUUUACAGAAAACAGUCGUUGGGUGUCCCUCUUAAGCCCUAAGUGUGAUCAGCAUAAAAUUUCUCCCUGUAUUAUCAAUGCUUUAUAAAACAGUUUGGAGACAAAAAUUGAGGACAUGAUCACAACAGAUAUAUUGAGUUUAUAAUUUAACAACUUCUCCCUGCUACUUCAGUAGAAAAUGCAUAGGGACACCAAGUGAGAAUUAAAACUUUGAUAUCAGGGGUUAAAAUGGGGUUUUAUAGCAAAGUUGUAUUUUUAUGCUAAUGGACAGGUUGCCCAGAUUCAACAGCAGAUGCAACAGAUGCGGCUUAAACAACAGUUGGGACCACAACAGAUGACCAUGCAGAGUGGAGCAGGUCUGUUUGGCUCUGGCCAGCCAGCAAUGGCAAAUGGUUGGAUGCCAUCACAACAGCCAAUGUCAUUUCCACAGCAACAGCAUCCUCAGUUUGUCACUACUGGACCAGCGCCACCCAGCAUGAACUAUGGAGGUUUUCCAAUGGCAACCAUACCAGGCUCAGGCCAAACCCUUAGCAAUCAGUUGUGGAAGUGACAGAGAUGUUUUUAAUGUAAAUAAGAAUAUUAUGGAUUCAUUCUAUAAAUCUUGUACAUCUCAAAAUUAUACAGAUUACCUUAAACUCACUAUUUGUGCUUUCUGGGGCAAAGACCAUCUGAUCUUGAAAGUUUUCACUGGUGAAAACUUUGCCUUCCUCCUGGGACCUUAGUUUUGUCAAGACUGCAUGUACAUAUGUACACAGUAGUAGUUGUUUUAUUGUUUUAAUGAUUGACUCAAAGAAUAGGUUGAGCUUGCUGGAAAGAGAGUAGACUGUAAAGUUGCUGGGGUGGAUUUCAAAUGUAAUUUCUCAGUGUAAAAAUUUUCGGGAAGUUGAAAUGGAAAUUAAGGAAGUUCAGAUACUAAAUCUGGCUAGUACUUGACAUCUAGCUACCUAGGACUGGAGGGACUAAACAGAUCUCCAGAGUUACAUUAUUUUGUAUUGUUAUAAUCAUUAUCUUAUUUUUAAUAAUUCAUGUGUCGAUUAGUCUUAAUGAAUCAGAAAAUGCUCUGACAAAUGACUUAACUUGUGUAACGUACCAUGUAAAUGUAAAAAUGUGUCAGCAAAAUUAACUUAAAUCAAGGUAAUUGUGUCAAAUGCACCAGCAAAUCCAUCAUACCUGAGGGACCAACUCUAGGUGUCUGUUUUGUACAGGUUUUUUAUUGGGCUAGAGUUGAUUGUAAACAGCAACUUGACAUUUCUCCAUAAUUUAAGUUUGCGAGCAAAUUCUCAGUGUGGAAAGUGGUAGAGUAAAAAACUAUAUAACCCCUUUACACCCUUGGCCUCCCUCUUGUGAUUCUCCAAUGAAGAGCUUGUCUGGAGGAGAACCGUAAUUGAAGUGAUGCUUGUAAAAUGGACAAAGUGGCAUAAUACUGCCUAAUAUUAAUUUUUUGCAAGAAUCAAAGGGGGAAUUUGACAUUCAAAUGCAUAUUUUCUUCCUCUGUGGGAGUGAUAUUGUCAACACUGCAAAAGAAACAAAAUGUUUGUCGUAGUGGAGAGACUUGUUAUGAAAGCAUGAAAACUUUGGAAAGGCAUAACAUUGUGAGGUUCCAGAAAAUAUAAGUCACUAGACAGUAUGGAAUUUGCUGGUGUUAUUCACAAUAAUAAAAAGCUGCAGUUGUAAUUUGUAUUGGGAUAAAAAUAAUGUAGAGGAUGUUCAUCUGUAAUUAUGACCUAGAUGGUGUAGAUAAAUUGAGUAAAUGUUCAAUAAUAGUUGGUUUGUAAGGACUACAAAAUAAAAAAUCAGCAAGAUGAAAAUCAUUGGAGAAAUAAUGAAUUCUAUGUGGUCCAACAGUAGCACAAGUGAUUAAUGAUAGGGGGACACUUGUGUAGUCCCUGUAUGGUGUCUUCCUAGGCCUUCUGGGUUCAUUUCAUUUCGGUGAGGUAUCCAGGACUUGCUCGGACCAUGUGACCCAAAAUGCAUAGGCCAUGGAAUAAUCGGUUAGCAUUAGAUCCCAUUGACCUAAACCCGCCUUGACACGGUAUGAAGUUUACACAACCUAGUAUUCCUUAUCGCUUGACUUAUAGUGAUUAGGGUUAAGCAACAAUACUGAUUAGGGUUAAGCACUGACUCCAAAUGGUUAGCUUUUAUUUAGGGUUAGGGUUGUUGCUAUAUACCUUCAAAUCAAACUAAUGCUGGCCAGCAAAUCCUCAGUGGCAUAGUGGUAUAAAGAUUAUGGACUGCAAACACUACACUCUGGGUUCGAUUCUUACUCUUGCUCUUCUGAAUGCCAUUUUUCCUUAAAAAUUGAAGAGAC